AUGAAAAAGCACUACAUUGCCCCUGUAGUGCUGAACCACCGGGGAGCCAUGUUUAUACUGCAGCAAAGAGAUGGCACUCAUGUAGACUACGAAUGUUUGUCUGUUCUGACUGAGGAUCUCAACGCUGUACUAAAACUGUACUUCCCUGGGCCAACCACGCCCCACUGGUGGAGCAAUUCCCUCGCACCAUUUUCUUUAUUUCUCAGCAUAGCUAUAUUUGUGUUGAAGGCAAGGAUUUUUAUGGCAACUAAGAAAGUCCCAACAUCACAAGCCCUUCACCCCCACUACACCCUGCUCUUCUCCUCAGAGAAGGGGGAGACUCCCCACGGAUAUGCCACGUACACCAAGAUCAAGUCUCAGCAUCCUCUCCCACUGAGGAGACACAGGGCAGAUCAGCUAGAUAACAGAGAUCCAAAGGCAGGCAGCAGAGUCAGAUACAGCCCCAGAUACAUUGUUAAGAGUGAUCUUUACUGGGAAAAAAAUGCUAAAAUCAAGACAGGGUACAAGAGGGAGCAUAUCAACCUGGGCUGUGAUGUGGACUUUGACAUCGCUGGGCCCUCAAUCCGGGGUGCUCUGGUGCUUGGCUAUGAGGGUUGGCUGACUGGCUACCAGAUGAAUUUUGAGACCUCGAAGUUCCGAGUGACCCAGAGCAACUUUGCAGUUGGCUACAAGACGGACGAAUUCCAGCUUCAUACUAAUGUGAAUGAUGGGACGGAGUUUGGUGGCUCCAUUUACCAGAAGGUGAACAAGAAGUUGGAGACUGCUAUCAAUCUCGCCUGGACCGCAGGAAACAGUAACACUCGCUUUGGAAUAGCAGCCAAGUAUCAGGUCGACCCUGAUGCCUGCUUUUCUGUCAAAGUGAACAACUCCAGUCUAAUUGGCUUAGGGUACACUCAGAUGCUGUCAGCCCUGCUGGAUGGCAAGAACGUCAAUGUGGGCGGCCACAAGCUUGGUUUAGGACUGGAAUUUCAAGCAUAAAUGAAUAUUGUACAAUCGUUAAUUUUAAACUAUUUUGCA